UGUCGUCUGUCAUGUCCCGUGUUGUGGAACGACGCGAUGUGAUUCUUUCGCAGCGAAACGCGUCCGUUCGUCACUGAACAGCGACAUUGUCGAUGCGGGGCAGCCCGUCGCAGUGCUUCACACGCCGCACACCCGACUUACAAAAAGAUUUCAGCCUUCCUCUUUCAAUUAAAGCCGCAGAGUUAUCGUGUGAUGGGCCACUCUGCGCGUGAGUGAACUGGCACUGCAAGUGAGGGGUGUCGGUCGUCCUGCCGGAGCCGGCUUGGCUUGACCCGAGGCCAUGGCCUACCUCGAGCUGAACGUCGAGCAGGUGAACCAGGCGGCCGAGCUGCUCCCUUACGAUGCCCAGGACAUCGACCCCUUGGCCAGCGUUCGUCGAUCCACGACUCGACAUCCGCUCCUCCAAGUCUGCCACGGCUGGUUCCCAUGUACCUUUCCUAGCUGAGUCUGAGCAGAGCCGACGAUCCAGCAUGGCUAGCUCGGCGGGAAGCAUGACGGGCAAGGCCCAGGCGCCACCUGGGCCGCCCGCUGACGCUGUCGGUCCACCCACCAACGGAACCGAGCAGCCGCCGGCAGUUCUACCUGAUGAUGACCCGGUCUAUCCAAACAUCUCUCCCCGGGUGGCGGAGUACGUGGCGACUGAGAAUCCGACCCUGUGCACCCAGGUGGCCCAGUGCAUCGAGAAGCACUCGCGGGUACACUCACCGCGUAAGGUGCACGCUGCUCCGGCCGCCUCCGCGACUCCUCGUUCACCACUCAGGUGCAUGUCGCAGGCAGCCGAUGCCCUCUCAGUUCAGCAGUCCACCAUUGGUGUCCCUCUGAAGCCAUCCGUGCCAACCAAAGCAAUCUACCAAGAGCUGGUCGAAUAUCCGCCAGAGAGCAUCGUGGCCUCUGUUGACGAGCGCACCUCCUGGCUUCGCACCAUCUUGAGCAAUCCGGCUGCCACUGGAAAUCACGUGCAGUCUUCCCAGAACGGGCCCGCUAAGUCCAGCCCCCUGCUCCGCAACCAGUGCACCAUUACCAGGAGAGAGCUCCCUUCCGUGCACAACUGGAGGCGGCCGUCUGAGGACCCGGGCUUCGACGCAGACAACUUCGAUUCGGCCUCCGUCUGCUCCGAGACCGAGUCGAACCUGUCGUGGGUCAGCGAUGUUGAUGACGAGAUCAGGAUGCUCAAGUCCAUGAUGGUGCCGCGGGCUUCCCAAUUCGCCGUGCUCACUGCCAGAGAGAAGACAGUGGCUGCUACACAGACUGACCUCCUGUCCGCGACCGGGAGCGUCAUGGCUCACGUCGGCGUUGAAACAGACGAGACUGACCACUUCGCGCUUCUAAAGGAGAAGGCCCACCUCGAGGGCGAGCUGGACACGCUCCAGGGUGAGCUGGGCCGCCUGGUCCAGGCCAAGUCGGACCUGAAGACGCGGGCAGCAGCAGCCGAGGCCCGCUGCCAGAAGCUCGCGGAGGAGAAGGACGCAGCCGUGCAGCGAGAGGCUGGCCUGCAGCAGGAGCUGCAGACUCUGAAGAUGGAGUCAGUCCGCUACGGGCGCGUGGUGGGCGACUACGACAGCCUGAUCCACUCCAAGGAAUCCGAGACAGGUUUCCUCCACGACGAGGCUGCCGUCCUCUCGAACGAGAACCGUGAGCUGAAGGUCGCUGUGGAAGAGCUGAAGGUGGACCUGGAGUCGCGAUGCGGGGCCAUUGAGGGACUCAAGAAGAAGAUUGCCGAGCUGCACGUUGAGAGCCAGUCGGCCGUGCGUGCUCGGGCUCAGCUAGAAGCCGAGAACGCUAGCCUCCGCAACCAACUGCAGGUCAUAGAGAAAUCCAAGGACUGGUUCCGCGACCAGCUCCACGAAAGUCAGCAGGGCAGGAACCAGCUGCACAAGGAGCACGUGACCACCCAGGCUGAGAAGAUCUCGCUGGAGAGCUCGGCAGAGAUGCUUCGAGCCGAGAACGCACGUCUGGCCCAGGAGCUGCUGGAGGCCCGGCAGCGUUCCGUACGCGACAAGGAGAGCCUCAUGAAGAGGCUCGAGGACAUCGAGGCCGACCUGCUCGAGAGGGAAGCCGCGUUGUCUCGCGAGGCUGCUGCUGCACAGCCUCAACAGCCCGUUUCCGAAGCUGGGGACCUCUCCAGCAAGUUCCGUGUGGCCGAGUUGGAGGAACAGCUGCGUUCGGCCGAGUCGAGCCUGGCCGAGCGGUCCGCAGCCCUCUCAGCUCUGGAGCGGGAGCGCACGGAGCUGGUGACGGAAGUUCAGCGACUGCGGCUGCGGUUGAGCGACAGCGAGCUUGGUCGGCGUAACCAGGACGAGCUGUUGCGGGAGGGGGUGCAGAAGGUCCGGCGGCUGCAGACGGAGCUGGCAGCCAGCGAGGAGCGAGCCACGGAACUGCGUAGCCAGAAGGCAGCCCUGGAAGUGGCCCUGGCUGCAGCCAACGAGGACAAGCGCGUUGUUGGGGAGUCGCUGGGCACUCUGACGGAGAACUUGGCACGGCUGGAGGGCAACUUCAAGCUCAUCCGCACCGAGCAGGUCGCCAAGACUGCACAGAUUGACCAGCUGCAACGAGAGAAGGCCUCGCUCGGUGAGCGCCUCUCAGAGGCCGAGACUGCCCUGUCGUUGGCGAGGAAGGAACUCGAAUCCCGGUCAAACGCACGGUCCCAGGCGCAGGCCAUGGAGGCUAGCCAGCUGCGCAAGCAGUACAGUGACCUGCAGAACGUGGUGCGUGUCCUGGAGGCCGAGCUAAAGAAGGCUGCAGCCGAGGCCAGGGAGGCAGCCACACAGCACGGCGUGGACAAGGAGAAACUGCGGCAAUCGGAGGAGCGGCUGGAACGUACCGAGGCUGAGCUGGAGACCCUGGCACAGCGCAACGCCGUCCUGCAGAGCCAGCUGCAGGAGUCCGCCCAGCGGUUGGCCCGGGAAGAGGCACGUCGAGUGGCCAGCCUCCAGGAGCAGGCACAGCUACACGACCUGUCCACCUGGGAGACACGCGUCCGGGAACUCGAGCAGACACUCGCCACACGCGAGAUGGCCACCAGGGAGCAGGAGCGCAUGCACAAGUCCAACAUCCGUCUGCUGACGCGCAAGCUCCGCGAGAAGAUGAAGGAGCUCAAGCUGGCUCAGGUGCAGCUGGCCAAUGCGGCCAAUGCCGAGUCACAACAGCAGGACGACCAGUUGCAGCGGCAGGGCCAGAAACCGGUCAACCAGGAAGUCCAGACCCUGGAACAACCGCAGAAAGCAAGUGCCGAAGCUCAGACCGAUGCGGCAGCAAAGAUUCAGGAGGAGCAGACGGAGCUCGCUGAAAAGAACCAAGAACUGCUGCUGCAGCUUGAAAGGGAACAGGGACGGCUCGCCGGUUCCUUGAAGGCACAGGAGGAGCUGCGUGCCUGCGUGGAGCAGCUGGAGCGCCAGCUGUCGGAGCAGGGUGGCCGCAUGGCCGAGCUCCAGUGCCAGCUGGAGCAGGUGCAGGGGCGCGCCGACCAAGCGCAGGCCCUUCACCAGACCUCGGUGGCCGACCUCCAGCGGGAGCUGGAGAAAGAGCGCACUCUCAGCAAGGAGCUGCGGCAGAGGAUCUUUGAGGAGAAGCGGCGUGGGGGCCAGCUGCAGCGUCAGCUGUCGAGCCUGAAGCAGGGUCUGUCGGAGGCGAGCCAGUCGGCAGACGCAGGCCGCCUGAAGGCCCAGGCACAGGCCGAGCGGGCGCAGAGUCUCGAGACGCAGCUGCGGGAGGCACAGGGACGGCUGGAAGCCCUCCGGGGGGACCUCGCUGCGUCCCAGGCAGCCAGGCAGGAGCUGGAGGCUAAGCUACGCAAUGCCCACGAGAGGGACCCCGCCCUCGAGCAGCAGAUGAAGGUGAGCUGUGCCUGGGAUUCGGGACUGCAGUAG